AUGCCUUCUCAGACUCGUCCUUCACCUGCGGCCUCGUCGUCGAAUAUUCAGGCUGCUAACCCUCAUCCUCCUGUUACUGGCGUCCCUUGCGAGCAACCCAAUGCCACUAUCGCUACGUUGGUCUUUCGAGAUGGCACCUCUUAUCAGGGUAUCUCCUUUGGUGCUGAGACCAAGAGCAUUGCCGGCGAGUGUGUCUUCCAGACAG